UCCCAUUGGUCGGCGUGCCCGUCCGUCCGCUCAAGAGGCCGCGCGUUUUCCUGACUACCUCGGCGUGCCGUGGGGCCGCUCCUGCCAGAGCAAGCCUGAGCUGGCGCCGGCUUCUGGAAGCUCAGAGCCGGGCAGGGCCGGUAGGCGCCGAGGCUGAGCAUCGCGGGGCGGGCAGUAGUGCCGCGCGCGACCUCUGCGACCGCAACACCACCUGUCGCGGGCGAGAAGAGGUGUAAGAAAGAUGUUUUCCCGGUUAAAAGUAGCUGCCACUCCUUGUACUUUGGCAUGUCGUCAUUUACACAGGAAAGAGAAAGGCAAGCCACUCAUGUUAAAUCCAAGAACAAACAAGGGAAUGGCAUUUACGUUACAGGAGCGGCAAAUGCUUGGUCUUCAAGGACUUUUACCUCCUAAAAUAGAGACACAGGAUAUUCAAGCCUUACGAUUCCAUAAAAACUUGAAAAAAAUGAGUAGCCCUUUGGAAAAGUACAUCUAUAUUAUGGGAAUACAAGAAAGAAAUGAGAAGCUGUUUUACAGAAUACUGCAAGAUGACAUUGAAAGUCUAAUGCCAAUUGUAUACACACCAACAGUUGGCCUUGCCUGCUCCCAGUAUGGACACAUCUUUAGAAGACCUAAGGGAUUAUUUAUUUCAAUCUCAGACAGAGGUCAUGUUAGAUCAAUUGUGGAUAACUGGCCAGAAAAUCAUGUUAAGGCUGUUGUAGUGACUGAUGGAGAGAGAAUUCUGGGUCUUGGAGAUCUGGGGGUCUAUGGAAUGGGAAUUCCAGUAGGAAAACUUUGUUUGUAUACAGCUUGUGCAGGAAUACGGCCCGAGAGAUGCCUGCCUGUCUGUAUUGAUGUAGGAACUGAUAAUAAAUCACUCCUAAAAGACCCAUUUUACAUGGGCUUGUAUCAGAAACGAGAUCGUUCACAACUUUAUGAUGAUCUGAUUGAUGAGUUUAUGAAAGCAAUUACUGACAGAUACGGCCGGAACACACUUAUUCAGUUUGAAGACUUCGGAAAUCAUAAUGCAUUCAGAUUCUUAAGAAAAUACCGAGAAAAAUACUGUACCUUCAAUGAUGAUAUUCAAGGGACAGCUGCAGUUGCUCUAGCAGGUCUUCUUGCAGCCCAAAAAGUUAUAAGUAAACCCAUCUCAGAACACAAAAUCUUAUUCCUUGGAGCAGGAGAGGCUGCUCUUGGAAUUGCAAAUCUUAUAGUUAUGUCUAUGGUAGAAAAUGGCCUCUCAGAAGCAGAGGCACAAAAGAAAAUCUGGAUGUUUGACAAGCAUGGUUUAUUAGUUAAGGGGCGGAGUGCUAAAGUUGAUAGCUAUCAGGAACCAUUUGCUCACCCAGCCCCAGAUAGCAUACCUGAGAAUUUUGAAGAUGCAGUGAAUAUACUUAAGCCUUCAGCUAUUAUUGGAGUUGCAGGUGCUGGCCGACUUUUUACUUCUGAUGUAAUCAAAGCCAUGGCCCGUAUCAAUGAAAGGCCUGUGAUAUUUGCAUUGAGUAAUCCUACAGCACAGGCUGAGUGCACACCUGAAGAAGCAUAUACACUUACAGAGGGAAGGUGUUUGUUUGCCAGUGGCAGUCCAUUUGGGCCAGUAAAACUCCAAGAUGGACGAGUCUUCACACCAGGUCAAGGAAACAAUGUCUAUAUUUUUCCAGGUGUGGCUUUAGCUGUUAUUCUCUGUGAAACCCGACAUAUCAGUGACAAUGUUUUCCUAGAAGCUGCAAAGGCACUGACAAGUCAACUCACAGAUGAAGAGUUAGCCCAGGGAAGACUUUACCCACCACUUGCUAAUAUUCAGGAAGUUUCUAUUAACAUUGCUAUUAAA